GAUCAGUCAAAUUCGGUGAUGAUUUCGGUGCGUACGAAAGCGGUUAGCGAGAGGAAGUCGCCUCGUGGUUCGUUACGAGAUGACAGAUCGAACGUGCAAGUCCCCUGAGACGAAAUGAGGCAAGGAUAGAAAUAAUGGCUUUGACCCAAGAAUAUCAGCACCCCCCUCGAGAACCAGACGACAAUAAUAAAUCGGAAAGACUGAAAAUUAAACAAACUGCAACGUCGUGUGCAUUUCCUCAAAUAAUUUGGUGGAGCCUACACAAUUUCCAAAAUAAUAUGGCUGCAGCACUUCCAGUAGAGAGUUUGAAAAUUGAGGAGAGGAUCCUUCAUUCUCCACAACUGGAAGAAAUCAAAAAUGUAUUCAUUCCUGCACUGUCGAAGAAUUUUGCUGAGUGCACUGUCGAAGUCGUAGACUGUCCGGAUCUUACAAAAUCACCGUUUGGCCUUGCAGAUUCAGGUCUCGGAGGCAAACCAGUUAUUUUGGAAAUCGGGGGUCCAGCUUUUCUGCUUCCUCUUGUUCAGAGAGAAAAACUCUACGAUGUGAGGCCAAUAUUGAAAAGAGUGAAUUAUGGAGAGAAAGCAUUUGUGGUUGGAGCUGGGGCUGGGCCAUGGCCUUACCUUUCUCGCAAUGCUGAGAUGAUAAUGAACGUGUCGUUUGGCCCUGGUAACGUGCUCAAAAACGAGACUCGAUUGGCUUGGGUGAAUCAAAACGAAAAAUGCGUGUUGGAGGAUUCUAUCGGUAGUGAUACGAGAUGCGCGCUGCUAGCGAAUCUCUAUGCGAGCGAAGGAAAAGCCGGUAAAGUUUUGCGAGUUCACGCUAAGAAAAGGACAGGAGAUCUUGAUUUCAUUGCAACAAUGCAAAAGGCACUCGCAGCGAAGUACACUGAUAAGUUAGUCGGCAUGGGAGGUGCAUUUUUGUUGAAGGAAGGAAAAGUGCAUCAGCACGUGAUGCAAGAUUUUUCGAAAACUCCCAUAAGAAAUGUGACCGAGUUGAACAAUUGGCUACGUUUUUAUAACAUGUCUGCACCUCUUGUCGCCCUUGGAACUUUCGUCUCCGCCGAGACAGAGCUCGACCUCAGAGUUCAACAUUUCCAUAGUUUCGGUCACCAAGGCGAAGGCGGACAUUAUCAUUACGACACGACCCCCGAAACGGUCGAGUAUCUGGGAUAUUUCAACGUUUGUGAAAAACUCUAUCGUGUCGAUCAGACACCGGAGAAACUGAAAUUCGGCAAAGAUUGAUAAGAGUCAAUUGAGAAGAGUAAAAAGCAUAAAAUUGAGCUUUACGAAGACAAAACCAAAUACGAUUUGUUGCAUAAAAGUUUGUUACUAAUUUUAUAAGAUUAUAUUUAAACUAAUUCGUAAAUUCUAAUUGGUAGUGACAUUUUUCUGUAAAUAAAAAUCUAUUUUUUCAACUGUA